GACAUAAUGAGAUAUCAGAUCGCUCUCGGCCCGUUCGGCGGACUAUAUCACACCCAGAGGCAAAUGAGCCCACAGAAAUGCCAUGAAUUGGGACAUGCUCGGGCUAUCUCCAGUCAUAACAUGUACAUAAAAAUAUACCACCGUAUGCAGCGCAAGGAACUUGUCACACACGCAGAAGCAAAGGUACAGAAAGUGCCUCUCAGCAUACAGGCACUGCAUGCAGACCUUCUGCUCAAAGUAUGCUCAUAUCUUGAACUGUCAGAGAUCCCAGCACUAGCCAGAACAUGCAAGAGUAUGCGAGAAUCAGUCUCGCAUCCGUGUGUGCUGCUUCGCUUGUUGGAGAUGAAACUAAAUCACAUGGUCGUUGAUGUGUGCAAAGAUAGCCGAUUUGUUCGGCCAUCUCAGGUGAGGGCGUUGAAUCGUCUUCUCAGAGCUUCUCCACUCAAGGGUGGAAAUCUUCGGUUCCAUAGCCUCGCCAUGCCAAAUGAGCUCUUUAUCGCGGCGUGCAAGACCGGAAGUACCGAACUGGUGAUAUCUCUUCUGACGGACGAACGCGUGGGAGUCAGUACCAGGGGUAACUGGGCCAUGCAGACUGCCUGUGCCAGCGGACAAACUGAUGUGGUGCAGCUUCUACUGAGGGAUACCCGAGUCGAUCCCACUGCCAGUGAGAGCCUCUCACUCCGAGCAGCGUGCGAGAACGGGCACGCAGUAGUGGUUCAGCUGCUGUUGGAUGAUGGCAGAGCGGACCCCUCGGCACGACAGUACAUGGCACUCAUACGAUCAUACCGAAGAGGUCAUAAGAAGGUAUGGAUGUAUACAUGUUAUUAUAGUGUGGAAGGUGUGUAUGCUAUUAUAGUGUAG